UGGGCCCCACAGGACCAAUUUGGAAGCCCUGCAGAAAAAAUUGGAGGAGUUGGAACUGGACGAGCAGCAGCGGAAACGGCUGGAGGCCUUUUUAACCCAGAAGCAAAAAGUGGGGGAACUGAAGGACGAUGACUUCGAGAAGAUCAGCGAACUGGGCGCCGGCAACGGUGGCGUGGUCUUCAAAGUCUCACACAAGCCUUCUGGACUCAUCAUGGCCCGGAAGUUGAUUCAUCUCGAGAUCAAGCCAGCCAUCCGCAACCAGAUCAUCCGGGAGCUGCAAGUCCUGCACGAAUGCAACUCCCCCUACAUCGUGGGGUUUUACGGAGCCUUCUACAGUGACGGCGAGAUUAGCAUUUGCAUGGAGCACAUGGAUGGCGGAUCCUUGGAUCAAGUCUUGAAGAAGGCUGGCAGAAUUCCGGAGAAGAUUCUCGGCAAAGUCAGCAUUGCGGUUAUAAAAGGUCUAACAUAUUUGAGAGAAAAGCAUAAGAUCAUGCACAGAGAUGUGAAGCCCUCAAAUAUCUUGGUCAACUCGAGAGGAGAAAUCAAACUCUGCGAUUUUGGGGUCAGCGGGCAAUUGAUUGAUUCCAUGGCCAACUCUUUUGUGGGCACGCGAUCUUACAUGUCGCCGGAGAGACUGCAAGGGACUCACUACUCGGUGCAGUCGGACAUCUGGAGCAUGGGGCUCUCCCUGGUCGAGAUGGCCAUCGGCAGGUACCCCAUCCCUCCGCCCGAUACCAAGGAGCUGGAGCUGAUGUUCGGCUGUCCCGUUGGGGCUGACUAUCCUGUCUCGGAGACGUCUCCCCGGCAGAGGAUGCCAGGGCGGCCCAUGAGUGCCUACGGUUCAGACAGCCGACCACCUAUGGCCAUCUUUGAGCUCCUGGACUACAUUGUCAAUGAGCCCCCUCCAAAGCUGCCAAGCAGAGUCUUCAGUCCAGAAUUCCAAGACUUUGUGAACAAAUGCUUGAUCAAGAAUCCGGCUGAGAGAGCAGAUCUAAAACAGCUUAUGGUCCACAUUUUCAUCAAAAGAGCGGAAGCGGAAGAGGUGGACUUUGCGGGCUGGCUGUGCUCCACCAUCGGCCUCAACCAGCCCAGCACUCCAACCCACGUCGGCGGACUCUGAGCCGCUCCGCUGGUCACGGUACGAAGACUUGCACCGGCUGCUGCUGCUGCUGCUGCUGCUGCUAUGCAACUUCCAUUCCACGGGGGAGGCCGACUCGGAAACCGCUCACUCCAGAC